AUUAAUAUAUAAUAAAUGAAAGCACCUACUUCUCAAGAUAACCUAUGGAUAGCAGCAGGUGAUGGCCAAUUAGAUCGUGUUAGGGAAUUAAUAGAAAGCGGAAUGGAUAUAAAUAGUCAAGAUCAAUUUGGAUAUACUGCUAUGCAUGCUGCAGUUUCAUAUAAUCAAAGUGAAAUUGUUAAAUAUUUAAUUAAAGAAGGCGCUAAUAUAAAUAUUGAAGACCUUGAUAAGGAUACUCCACUUUUUGUAGCAGAAACAGUUGAAAUGGCUCAAUUAUUAUUAGAUCAUGGAGCUGAUCCCAAGCAUAGAAAUGAAGAAGGAGUUACUCCUGCCUUAGCAGCCUUUCAAGAAGGUUGGAAUGAAGUUGCAGAGUUACUAGCUAGUAUCACACAUGAAGAAUUACCUAAUGAGGAACAACAAGAGACAGCAGCAGAUUCUCUCGAACAUGUUAUGCAGGAUGCUGCUGAAGAAGAAAAAGAACAAAAGGACGAAGAAUUAAAUGAAGAUUUAUCAAAUCAAAUACAGGAAAUUAUAAAACGUAUUGAAGAGCAAGGUGGUGUUGACAAUGAAGAAGAGCUUCAAGAGAUGGUUGCAAAAAUGCUUUUAGAUGAAAUGCAACGUACCUAUGGUAUUGUUUACAAAGCUCAAAAUCGUGAAACAAACGAAGUCGUUGCUUUGAAGCGUAUUCGUUUAGAUAAUGAAGAAGAAGGAGUACCUUGUACGGCUAUUCGAGAAAUUUCUUUAUUAAAAGAAUUAAAACAUCCAAACAUUGUUAGAUUAUAUGAUGUUCUACAUACCGAAAAGAAGCUGACACUUGUAUUUGAAUAUUUGGACUCUGAUUUGAAAAAGUUUUUGGAUUCUUAUGGUGGUGAUAUUGAUGUUAUGACUUUAAAACAAUUAAUGUAUCAAUUAUUAAAGGGUAUUGCAUUUUGUCAUGCGCAUAGAGUUUUGCAUAGAGAUUUAAAACCACAAAAUUUGUUAAUUAAUAAGAAAGGAGAAUUAAAAUUGGGUGAUUUUGGACUUGCAAGAGCAUAUGGUAUUCCAGUUAGAAGUUACUCUCAUGAAGUUGUUACUCUGUGGUAUCGUGCCCCUGAUGUCUUAAUGGGCUCACGUCAAUACUCAACAUCCAUUGAUUUAUGGUCAGCAGGAUGUAUUUUUGCUGAAAUGGCUUCUGGUAGACCUUUAUUUCCUGGUAGUUCAAUUUCUGAUCAAUUGCAAAGAAUUUUUAAAGUGUUAGGUACUCCAACAGAAGAAAUUUGGCCAAAGGUGUCUCAACUUCCUGAAUAUAAACCUGAUUUCGAAAUAUUCCCAAAAAUUCAGUUAGAAACUCUUCUUCCAAAACUUGACCAUCAUGGUAUAGACUUAUUAAAACGCCUUCUUGAAUAUCCACCAGAAAAACGUAUUACAGCUAGUGACGCAUUACAACAUCCAUACUUUGAUGAACUGCGGAAAAAGGAGUUAAUUUUAAUGGAUAAUAAUUCAGCAAUGGCCAGUGAUGAUGUCAAUCCUGGACUUUCUAUAGCAAUUAAAGAAAAGAAAUGA